AUGGUGGAAUAUCUAAAGUGCUCCAGAGGAUGUCUAGUUGUAUUAGUCUGUACAGCCGUUGGGGAACUUGUCGUUCUAGUAGCAUUGGUGUUACACUGGAGAAUUGCAAGGAAAGAACUUCUGGCUCCCAAACAACAACAACUAUGUUUUCCACUUGACAAAUUUGGCUCCACAGAAGAAAUAGAGAGGUGUCCGGAUGGAUUGAAAGAGAUUCACAAGGAAAAGGAAAAUGUCACGGUCGCUUCCAAUAGAUAUAACAGCGAUAUAAAUCCAGAAAUAACUGCGCUUAAUCUGACGGAUUACAACUGUCAUGCAGCUAAAGGGAAACAACCAGCCGCAAAACUUGCAGGAUUAGCUACAGACAGGAAACCUGUUCAAGUUGGAACGAACUUCAAAUUAAUCUGGAAUUCACUUUCACCGUCAUAUGCAUUGUCAGGACUAACUCAUCUACCAGAUAAUGGUACAAUUAAUGUUGAACAGAAAGGCUUUUAUUACGUCUUCUCGCAAAUCCAUUUGAAACUUGACUACACAACGACUGAAACCGACAAUACCAUGAAACAUUACAUCCAUUUAAUAUCACGAAAGGGAACAGAAACAACACUUUUGGAAAACAUAAAGUCGCGGUGUGAUAUGACAGAAUCAAGAUCUGAAAUUUCGAGUUUUGUUGGGGCCGUCUUCGAGCUGGCGGAAGGAGACCGGCUUUAUGUUGCGACAUCACAUCCUGAGCACGUUAUUUCUGACCGUACUAACUAUUAUUUUAGCAUACUCCGUGUCUAAAGGUAUAUCGCUCAUAUCAGUACUGGUGUUUGAUGCUACUGUUUGUCUUGAAGUUAGUUACAAGUAUCAAUAUCAAAAUAUCAAAAUAUGAUCGGCAAAAGGUGUUAUGAAAUGAAAGUGACUAUAUCCAGUUUUUAUUCUAUCAUGUAGAUUUAAAGGAUGUAUUGAACUCAACAACUUAUUUUGCCACCUGUUUUUAUUUUCAUAAUAACGUUUUAAAGUUGUAAAUAUAUUUUCAUAUUUCAUCCUAAUGAUCGAUUUUUUCAUUCACUACCUUUAAAAUCUAUCGGAUUUUUCGUUUGAACAUGACGGCAAAUGUAUCUUAUAUGACUUU